AUGACUCUAAGGUUGGACGCUGAUCUGAACAUAAAGAUUGGUGAUUUUGGACUUUGCCGACGGGUAAGCGACGAAGACGAGGCCUAUGUGCCGUCUCAAAAACAUAGAGACGUUCCAUUUCCAUGGAUGGCACCAGAAACGAUAAUUUCCGAAAAGUUCACAUUCCAAAAUGAUGUAUGGGCUUAUGGUGUCGUACUUUGGGAGCUGACUACUCGUGGAUUGACGCCGUAUAGUGGCAAAAAGAGCUUUGAGGAUCUCGAAUUCUGCGAAGUGAAAAGCGACUGGAAAUGCCCGAGUAUUGUCCAGCUCAAUUGUAUAACCAAAUUAUGCUUCCAUGUUGGCAUGCCGACCCAAAUUGUCGACCAAGUUUUUCUGAGCUUGUGGAUUUAG